CUGGGGCAUGUGGAGGAUAAAAGCUUUUGUGUUUCAAUCUGCAAUUUCAAACCGAACUGCGUAAAAACAUGGCGUAGAUGAAACAAAUUUAUGAUCUGAGAAAAAAAUUGGAGUCGGAAAGCCACACAAAAAUAAAUAUUUGUCGACAAAACCCCAGUAGAAAUCAAAAGAACAAGGAUCUAAGGAAAAAUUAUUUCAAAUAUGGAGAAGGAAGGCAAUAUCGAUGAACUUGGGAAAUCAUUUUCUAGAAGUUCUGUUGCUAAUAAUGACAGCUCAGCUUCGACAACAACAGAUGUUGAGUGUGUGAGCUUUUCCUCAGAAAAAUUCACAGUCAUUGAUGCAAAAGAUGAAUAUGACGACAAUCUACAAAAUCUGUCUUGCAUGGCGGUUAGUAGUGGUAAUUUUACUGUGGAUGGCGACAUAUCUUUUCAAACGAUAACAUUUGACGAAAAAAACAUUGAAAAAGAGUUAGGUAAGGUAUUUAAAGGUCCUAAAAAUUCAAAAGAAAUAGGCAACACUGUAUCUGAAUUACAAAAGUGUGUAGAAGAAGAAGUACAGGAAGAUAUCUUUUCCAAACUAGCAAAGGUAGCCAAUGCUCAAAGAAAAUCGCAGAGAAUGUUCCGGUAGCCGAAUCUGUGGCUAAAACCCUUGGAACAAUAACAAGUAUUUUUCAAGUUGUCGGAGAUAAGAUGAAAGUGAAUGCCCAAAAAAUCCAAGAGGAUGAAACAUAUGCACCCUUCGAGCGAUUUCAAGAUUCCGAGAUUACAUCAGAAGCAUGUGGACUUGAAGAUUUGUUUUACACAACACACGCGUACGUAAAGGGAAUUCAU